GUCAUCAUCAUCAUUCGGCUGCAUGCCAUGCAUCAACGAUCCAGAAAGAUCCUGAUAUUUCUUAUUGUCACCUUCCUGGCUGUCAACAUUGUCAGUGGAGUGGUCACCUUGCUUAUGACGAUAGAUGCUUCUGCGGAGCAAUUCAUCCUCUCUGGCACCUAUGAAUGUUGGAUUGGCUUUACGGAAGAUUUCAUACCUCUGGAGUCCAUCAGUUGGAUACUCGACACCGUGUGGGAGGUCCUCGCACUAUGUCUCGCAGUCUGGAUUGCGGUAAAACACUUCCGUGAACUUCGACGACACUCGACAGGAGGGAUUAUGGGGGACUGUUUUACGAUAUUGAUGACAACUCACAUGCUCUACUUUGCGAGUUUUGUUGUUGUUUCUUGCUUCGAGCUCAUUCUUGAUUUCUCUCCGAUACUCUUAACGAUUUCGCAGGUCGUGCAGAUGUUUGUGCUGGGACCACGCCUGAUCCUUGGCAUUCGGGAAUACCACGCUAAACUCGUUGCCGAUGCUGACGCAGCGACUGGUAUGACCUCAAUCGCUUUUCAGGAGCAUGUGUAUAUAUCGACUGGCAGUGGUGUGUGAUACUUGGUGAAGUUAACUGUUCUGCAAGGAGUAGGGGAAUUUGUUUCUAUUUAUUAGCCCUUUCAUGAUCGAAGUAUUCGGUGUUCUGAAAUAGAUUUCAAGGAGACAUACAAAGUUUUCGUCAUAUUAUUUAGUCAAGUGAUUUGACAUACAUACUGACAAUGUUUAAAUCGAUAUCCUGAAUAUCUCUAAUAUCUCAUAGCAUGAGCCUGUACAACUUCAAGGCUUCCUGUAGUCGUAAUGGCAACGCCCAUCCAGGGGUGUUCUUUUCUCCCGGUCCCUCUCGUAUUCUAGUAUAAUAUCAGAAAUUAUGGACAGCU